AUGGAAAAUGAUAUUUUUUUAGAUCCUUUAACUCUCGAGGUAAUGAUAGAGCCAGUUAUAUCAAAAUGUGGCCACUCAUUCUCUAAAGAAUCUAUAACGGAAUGGUUAUUAAAAAAAAAAACAUGCCCAAUAUGUAAUAAUAGUUUACAAGUUGAUGAACUAACACCCAACUAUACAUUAAGAGAUAUCAUUAAACAUAUGGAAUCACAACCACAACAAUCACAACCACAACAACAUGAUCAAAAUCAAAAAUCAAUACACCAACCACAACAAUUACAAACACAGGAAGCAUCAGUAAUAUUAGAAAGAGCAACAAGAGACGAUAUAUUUAUGAAAUUUUUUUUUGGGAAUGUUUCUUAUAAAAUUACAGCAGGCCAAUGGUUUUGUGAAAAAAUGCUGGCAUAUGCAGUCACAAAGGCAAGAGUAUGGGGUGUUUUUGAAGCAGAUAAAACAAUCUCGGGUGUAAUGGUAGUGCAACCACCACACGAUGUAAAUGGUAUAUCAAUUGCUCAAAUGGUUAAAGUUGGAAUGUUGGGCGCACCUUUCCAUUUAGGCUUUGGUCCACUAACUAGAAUUUUAAAAUCCUCUGACUUUGCUGAAAGGAUUCAUCGGAAAGAAAUGGGUGAAAAAAAUCAUUACUAUUUAAAUUGUAUCGCAAUUGAUCCAAAGCUUAGAAGAGCAGGUAGAGGAAGAGAAUUAAUUAAAAAACUUUUAGAUAUUGUGGAUAGCCAAGAAGAUGUCUCUGUAUAUACAGAAUGUGAUCUAGAGUUUUCGGAAUUCUUUAAAAAACAAGGAUUUGCAAUGUCAAGAUAUUAUAAACAACACAAUAAAGAAGAGGCACCAUUUUUCUAUACAAUGAUUAGAUCAAAAGAUAAAAAAAUUAACAAUAAUAGUAGUAUUUAA